UUUAUGAUUUUUCUCUUUAUCCAGAAGGCAAGGAGAGAUGAAAGAAAUGCCGAGAACACAAAAUAAGAAGAAGAAAGUAAAGGAGUCGGCGAUUUGAAUUAGAAGUGAACAAAAUUGGCUUUGCUUUCUUACUUUAAAAAACAAAAAGAAAUACUUUCAAGUAGCGACAAUAAAUUACUCAAAAUUUAGACGAAUUAGAUUUUCAAAGUGAACGGGAUUUUGUGUAAGAACAACAAAAGAAAUCGUUAUGAAUACCGAUCAAAAGGUGUACACAUCGACAGCGAGUGCAAAGAUGGCUGCAGAAAGCACUUUUUCCCAGACCGCAUGUAAUGAGAAAGAAAAAAAUGCUGUUAACAUACAAGCGAAUGAAGAACGCAAACGUCUCCAUAUAACACACGUCGACUCGCUGGGACCCUAUUUAAAGAUUAGUGGUCACCUAAACCCCGACAUAAUGAAGGUGGUGCGAAAUCAAAUUCAAACAUGUUUAGCCAAUUGCUACGCCAUUGAUCCGACAUGGCCUGUGACACGUCAGCAGGCUCUACUGUUACCUGGUGCCAUGUGUUUAUAUAAGCGUAUCAAUGAUGGAACAUCGGUCGAUUUUGAAUUUGUACGCGCCCGUAUUAAAAACGUAAUCGCUCCCAAAUCUCCGCAAGCCACGCCGCAAGUAGAUGUUGAAGUUAUCGAUUACGGUUAUAUGGCAACAGUGGUCAGUUUUGAGUUGCUCUUUCCCCAACAACCAGAACAACUGCAGAACAUACCGGCCACGUGUUCGGAAUACAUAGUCCUGGGCAUAUGUGAAGAUUGGAAAAGAUCGCAAUUGGAUGAAAUUUCACGUACGAUAUCCCAGCACACAGUAGACAUUUCCAUUAUAAAAGAAUUUAAUCAAUUUAAAUUUAUUAUCAUGAAAUGGAAGGACUUUAAUUUGGCUGAAUAUCUCAUAUUGCAAAAGAAAAUGGGUGCUCCAAUUGAAAAUGAUUUAUUAUUCGAUAAUUUUGAAAAAAUAGUAAAAGACCUCCAGCCUCAGGAACAAAAGCAACAACAACUUCCACAAAAACAGUUUCCAAGCAGUAAUAAUAAUAAUAACAACGCUGCUAUUUUCGCAAAUUCCAAUUUAAACAACAACAAUAAUAAUUAUCGUAAAAAUCAAGGUUUAGUAGAUACAAUCACGAGUGGAAACGGCGGAGCUGCUAGCCCUAACAACAAUUUACCGGUUAAUGAUGUUAAUACUGUUAAGUAUGGUCUGUUGAACCUUCGACGUCCCUUGGAUGCCCGUUUACAACAACUACAGCAUCCGCAACAAUAUCAACCCCUAAAGACUCCCAUACGCUCUAGUACAACCGGAAUCAAUGCUAUUUCUUCGGGCAUAAGUCAUUUACAUAAUCCGAUGAUGGUCCAACAUGUGUCUCAACCUUUUGGAACUGUGCGGCCAAUGAUGACAGGAAUUCAGGUACAAAAUAAUCGCUUUGCUUAUAGCGGCAUACGUUAUCAACAAGUGUUUACACAACAAAUGCCUCAUAUGCCUCCCGUAAAUACGCCGCCGGAGUAUAAUAAUGGUUAUCAUGGAUCCGUGGUAUAUGAUAAUGGAGUAUCAAAAUUUAAUAUGUAUAAACCGCGUUACCAAAGACCAUCCCAUGCAAUGGCUAUAAUAAAAAAUCAGGAGGAUUAUAUCAAGAGAGCUACUUCUGCCGGUCCUGCGACACCUCCAUUGGCGUCCGCUCCUCGUCGCUUUACAUCAGCCACUUUCAAAUCGAAUAGUUUAACUGUAGGUCAGAUGUACGAUGUGAGCGUGAGUUUUGUAGAGAAUGGGCCGUUUCUAUUUUCGGUUCAACUAGUAGGCGCUCAAAAUGAUCUCACGGAUAUGAUGAAUAAAAUUGAGAAAGUAACCCUUAAACAAUUUUCCGAGAAGCCUAUGCUUGGAACUGCAUGUAUAGCUCGCUAUUCCGAAGACGGUCAGCUCUAUCGUGCUUUGAUAACCGGCGUUCAACCCUUGUCUUGUAAAGUAGCUUACAUUGAUUACGGGAAUGCUGAAAUCGUGCAAUACAAUGACUUGUAUGAGAUACCCGAAGAUUUUUUAACAAACAAAGCUUUUGCCAUACGUUUUACUUUAUCGGGCCAUAAGGAAUUAGAACCUAUUGAUGAAAGUUUAAAGAAAGCCUUCAAAGAUUUGGUGAUAUAUAAGAAUUGCAAGUUAAAGGUAAUGCCACUGGAAGGGCCUCCUUUAGUGCAAUACUGUGAAUUAUAUUUGCAAGAAAAGAACAUUCUUGAUGUAUUAAAACAAAUUCAGAAAAGUCGCUUAGUUUAUGCCAAGGCUGAACAUUUGCAAAAUAACGAUGUGGUCGAGAUCCGUUACAUAGAUUCACCGAAAAAUUUUUAUGUGCAAAAAGUAGAAAAUAUACCGGCUUUUGAAAAGUUAAUGGAUGAUAUGUUUCUAUACUACAAUACCAAUCAAAUGGUUCCAAAUCAUUUGGUUCUGGGCGCUCCAUGCAUAGUGAAAUAUGAAAACGAAUGGUUUCGAGCAGAAGUAAUGAGAGCAGACUCAACAGCGAUUGUAGUAAGACAUGUCGACUUCGGCUAUGAACAGAAAGUCACCAAAAAUCUGUUAAGUACGAUUGCUGAAAAUCACUUAAAACUGCCUCGUCAGGCGGUGCAAUGUUGUUUAAAGGGUUUCGAAAACAAUGAACCGAGCAAAGACUUGGUCAGCACCCAAUUUGAAAUGUUGGCUGAGGAAUCGAAUCGCCAACGUAGAUCUUUUACUGUCAAAGUAUUUCGCAUCCAACCGGACGGUGUUAAUCUGGUUAAUUUAUGCACCAAAGAUUUAAAUGUUAUGAAAAAAUUGUACAAGUUGUCGAUGCCUUUCGAACAAUAUUUGACUUUGGAGAAGGAAGACUUCAAUAUACGGUCUUCUCCUCCAACAAAUCAUAAAAAUGAAAACCAAAAAUUAAUGAGAGAGAAUGAGCAUAAGAUUGAGCAUAAGACACCUUCCACGGCGUCAUCUAGUGAUGGAAUUUCGGCGCAGUCGAGUAAGAAAGCUAUACGCACUCUAAAUUCCACCACCUUACAAAAUGAUGAGCGCCCUUCACAAUUGCAACAGCAAUCACCAAAUCCUAAUCAAAAGACUCAGAAUCGUAAUACGUUCAAUGUAAAUAAUCCUGGGCUUUCAUCACCGCCCGUCACAGGAGCCCUAGAAUGGGAUAAGCAAAGUUCGAACAGUUCGAUAAACGACAAUCGCGAUUCACGCUCAAGUUCCAGCGAAGUUAAGCAACAGCAACACCACAAACGUCAAGGUCAUUAUAAUAAUAAUUAUAAUAACAAUAAAAACAAUUUUGUUUCCAACAAAAACAAUGGUAGCAAUCAUGGUUCUAUUAAUUCAGUGGCUAGUGAUAAAAGGAGCAGCACUAGCAGUAACAACUACGGCCAACGAUAUCAACAAAAUACUCCACCUCGCUUCCAAAAUAAACAUAAGAAUCAGCAACAACAAAAGCAGCAACAACGCCAACAGAGAUCACAAAAUGCUCCUCAGGGUUACUCGCAAAAUUACAACACAUCCAACGCAAAUAUCUCACCGGCUGCCUCAACAGUGUCAGCGUCUUCUUCUCGUAGCUUACCUCAACAAAAGGAGCAGCAAACAGCAAAACAGUCGCAUUCUAAUGAAAAUUUAGCUAACACUUCUACGGGUUCGAACAAUAGCGUUUCAUCCGAAGAUUACAUGCCUUUGAAUAAGUCGUUUCCAGUACAACCUAUCGAUACGCCUAGCCGGGAAGAAAUCACCAUUUCUUGGUGGGUUUCUCCCCAUCAAUUCUUUACCCAAUUAAGAUCUCGUUUGCCUGAAUUCGAACGACUUAUGGCGGAUAUGCAAGACUUCUAUCAUAAGAAACCUUUGCAGUCCUUGCAGUUGAAAGUGGGCUCCCAUGUAAUGGCACGUCACCGCAAAGACAAUGUCAUUUAUCGAGCGCGCAUACUUGGUUGCAAUCAAAUGUUACGAAAGUAUAAAGUUUUAUUCGUUGACUAUGGCAAUCAAUAUGCCGUUACUUCCGAGGAUAUAUGGCAAGUGGAGAAACGUUUUGCCAAUUUUCCCAUAAUGGCCUAUUUAUGUGGAUUCUAUGGCAUUGUCUCUAACUAUGAUCAUCUUUAUAUGAUCGAUCGUAUGGAUCAGUAUUUACCUCAAGGUGCCAUAUUGCAAUGCGAAUACAUUGAGUGCAAUUCGCGGGAUUUGUAUUACGUGAACGUUAAUGUAAAUAAAGUUCCAUUGAAAGAAACUCUACUUGCGGAAGGUUUAAUAACGCAAAUUUCUCCAGAACUGCAGUUAGAUUUACUGGCAGGCCAACAAGUACGUGCCAAAGUAUUUUCAAUAAAAGAUAUGCUCAAUUUUAAAAUAAAAAUUCCCUAUGGCUGUGAUAAUAUUGAGUAUAUUGAUCUAUUGUGUUCCUAUGAUGAUAUACGUUUCGUUAAAUCCAAUCCUGAUAUUUGUAAAAAGUUCAAACGCUUUUAUGAGGACAAAUCAUGCGUGCUAAACAUCAAGGAUGUCAAUGAUAAUAAAGUGCUUAUGUUACGUCCCUUGCUUCCUUUAUUGAAAGAAGAUAUACCUUGGUAUGUAUGCUCGCCGCCAUUAUUGCUGGAGACGUUUAACGUACGGAUUGUUUAUGUAGCAUCGCCGUAUCGUUUGUACGGUCAAAACGUCGCCACUGAAGAGCAAAUGUCUCAACUCUUAAACGAGAUGUAUGACUACUACGAAAAUGAAGGAAGUCAACUGGAGUCAUUUGAAUUGGAACAAAUUUGUGCAGCAAAAGGUAGCGAUAGUAAUUGGUAUCGAGCUCGUAUCGCGGCCAAACAUCCCAUAGAAGAAACUUUAGAGGUCUAUUAUAUCGACUAUGGUAAUAAGGAAAGAGUUGAAAAACAAUUUUUGAAACGUUUGGAAGAGAGAUUCUAUCUCAAUCAAAACGCCCACGCUGUUGAAAUCAAUUUGCCUUUGAAAACUUGGGCAGCAGAUACACAUUCAAAACAAAAGAUUAAAAAACGUGAUAUUACUAGCAGUAGCAAUGCUAGCACUAACGAUCUUGUUCCCGAUAUUAAGAUCAUUAAAUACUUAAGUAAAUUGUGCUUGGAUCACGUGGUUCUUGUUAAAGCUUUUGAAGUUAGGCAAAAUCGUCUAAUGGCUGAUGUAGUUAUGGAAGAUGGAAAAAAUAUAAUUGACUUACUUAAGGAGAAGGAGUUUGUUAAAGGCCGUGAUGUCGAAUACAUGCGCAAGCUGCUCGAUAAGGAAAAACCUAAUGUACUGGAAUAUAUCGAAACGGUAGACUUGACAUUAGAAGAUGAAGAAGAUAGGUUAGGCGAAGAUGGAAAACAUUUAAAGUCGAAAGUUCUGUCCCCAAAGAAAAAGCAAAUAAUGGAGAAAGAGAAAGGACCAGAACCGAAAGAAAUUAACGAAGAUGCCGUCAUCGACAAGCGUGAAAUAGAUGAGCGAGAAGGAUUUGCAGAGCAGUUCUCAGAUACUAAAGUCGCAUUACCGGUAUUAGAAAGUGAAGAUCAAUUUGUUGGCGCAAAUAAGGAGUUACCUAAUAUUGAGGAACCUCUUAAUAACUGCAUGCAAUCUUCCGAAAAGCAUGAAAUUCUUGCUACACCACUUGUAAAUAAAUUGGAACUGGACCCUUUUGCGCAUAUGGAACUUGCUGUUUUGGCCCAUUGCGAUAAUCCAGCACAAUUUUUUAUACAUUCUGUGUCAAAACUUAAGGACUUGGAACGUUUGCAAGAAAAUUUACAAAUUGUAGCCAGUUCUCUACCUCCUCUAAUGCGUAUCAUUAAGGAUGCUUAUUGCAUCUCCAUGUACUCAGUGGACAAGCAAUGGUAUCGUGCCAAGAUCCUAGAUCCUGAAUUGAUGGUUUUACAGUUUAUUGAUUUUGGCAACACCGAUUGUAUUACGGAUACUACCGAUCUUAAGGAGAUGAUUGUUUUUCCUAAUAUCGAACCUUUUUGUAUACAUUGCGCUUUGCCAAUACGCCCUAACGGCACCGUUGAUUGGGUGGACGCAGCAAACGCUAUUUUCAAUGACUCUUACAAUAAAAUCUUGAGCUAUGAAUUUAUAAUCCCAGGAGAAGGAUAUAAUAAACGCAGUUUUGUUAAUCUUUUCAUAGAUGGAGUUAAUGUUGCCGAAAAACUUAUAAAGGACGGUUAUGCUCGACCCUUGCAACUAGUCGACUCGGGCGAGAAUUGUUACAUUUCUCACGUAAACAGUAUCAACGACUUCUACAUACAAUACGAGAAGGAUUCUAAGGCCUUGGAAUUGAUAGAAAUUUAUUUAGGCAAUUAUGAAAGUUUACCAAAUAUUAAGAAAUUUGAUUGCAAUAAAGUUGUGGCAGCUUUGUUCCCCGAAGAUGAAAUGUGGUACCGUGCCAAGUUAUUGAAGGAGAUUAAAAGUGCCGAUAGCAACAGUUUCGAGGUAUUAUUUAUAGAUUAUGGAAAUACGUCUAUAACAGCGGAAUGCAGAGAAAUUUCGAAGGAUAUAGCAGAACUUCCGGCUCUUUCGCAGAAGUGUUGUUUAAAAUUACCAGAGAAUUGCUUAAAUUGGUCAGAGAAAGCCGAAGAGAAAUUUCAGGAUAUUGCUGCAACUGGGGAAACUAUUUUCAGUGUUGAGUUACGGGAACCAGCUGCCGAUCAUGCUAAAGUUUAUUUAUUAAUUGACGGUCAAAAUAUUAAUGAUGAAUUGGAAAAAUUAUGUGAGAGGAAGCCUUCAGCCAUAAAUCUCGAUAUGAGUAACAGUUUUACUACUACUUCUCUACAAACUUCUAUAUACGAUAUGGGCGUUUUACAAGACGCCGUUGUUUCUCAUGUGAAUUCUCCCAGUGAUUUUUAUAUACAAUUCGCUAAAGAUGCUAUACGCUUAGAAGAUAUGGUUCAAACAUUAAACAGUUUGUCGAUGGAGAAAUUAAUAAAUCCCGAAAAACAUCAGCUAUGCGCUGCCAAAUUUGGAGAAGAUCAAAUUUUGUACAGAGCCAAAAUCUUAGAGGUCUCACCGUCAGAAGAAGAAAACGAUAUCGCUUCAUGUCGUGUUUUAUUCAUCGACUACGGAAAUGAGGCAUUGUCUUGCGACAUAAAAAUUUUACCCCAAGAUUUAUUGCAAUUGAAGCCCUUCGCCAAACAUUGCCAAUUGGAAAAUAGUCAUAAGCUUUUAGAGCUUGGCGGUAUCGCUACAGAGUCUUUCAAUACGUUGCUAACCAAGUGUGAUGGUUCAGUAAAGCUAGAGAUUGUAGGCGAACAGGAAUUUGACGCUACCAACUCAUGUAUUGUUGUGAGGCUGUAUGCCGCUGACACGGAGGAGAAUAUUUUUGAAAAUCUCUAUAAAACAUUAGGCGUCAAUAACAAUAAUACACAGGUAAUCAAUACUAAUCCCUUUUUAGAGAGUUUCCAAAAAACGUGUGUUAUCUCGCAUGCUGUCUCACCUAUGAAGUUCUUUAUACAAUUAAAAUCGAAUUCUCCAAAAAUGGAUUUAAUAACUAAAACGUUAAAAAAUAUGAUAAGCAUAGAAAGUCUGAAGCCUAUAAACAGGCCUGUGGUUGGACGAGUUUGUGUAACCUAUUCCACGGAAGAUGAAUGCUACUACCGGGGUCGUAUUAGUCGUGUAUUGAGUAAAGAAGAAGGGGUUGAAAUAUUCCUUCUCGAUUAUGGCAAUUUUUUGAUAUCGCAGGAUAUAAAAGAAAUGCCCAUAGAUUUAUAUUCUAUACCUAGUUUGGCUUUAAAUUGUCAAUUGAAUGCAAUUCCUAGUGUUAGCAAUGAAGAAGAAGAAAGCCUUCUAAACGAAUGUUUCUUAUCGCUAUUGGAAACACAUUUCGGCGAAAUUUAUGAAAUUCAAACCGAACAAUAUGACGAAGAGAAAAAAGUAUACUACGUUAAAUUACAAGUUAACUAUAAAGAUUUGGCUGAAGAGUUGACACGAACUUUUGGACUACGUAAAGCAAAUAAAAUCGAAGAGACAUUUUCUCCUUUACCCACACUACAUAAUUGCAGUGUAAUCCAUGUCAAUUCAACUCAGUCAUUUUAUGUACAAUUUAACGAUGACAUAGCAUCCCUUGAACAUAUUACAGAUGCAUUGUUAGACGCUGGCGAAGAAUUUCCCGUAUUCACGGAACUGAAAAUGGGCGCGUUAUGUGCCGCUCAAUUUCCUGAUGAUGGUGCUUACUAUCGAGCAAAAAUUAUCAAUGUCUUAGAAGAUGAGGAAGUGGGUAAAUGUGAAGUUCACUAUUUAGAUUUCGGAAAUAAUUCGAUAACCGAUCAGUUUCGUCAAUUACCACCGGAGUUAAUCAAAAAGGAGCGAUUUAGCCAACAUUGCUCGCUAGAGGCCACCUGCCCUCCGAAUGAGGAGAUGAAUCAAACUUUUAUUAAUUUAAUCGAUCAACGUUUUUCGGAAACAUUCCAAUUAGAGUUUCUUAAAAAAUCUGAAUCGUUGAACAUAGUACGGUUGUUCUAUCAGGAGAAAAAUAUCUUGCACGAAAUGCAACAAUUGCUUAGAGAGCAACAACUACAAUUACAAACAGCGCAAGAAGUAAACGGUUUUUUCUUAGAUAAGGAAGGUAAUGCAAGCGAUUGAAUUUGGCAGAACUUUCCAACUUGCCAACAACAACACAGCAAAAAAUUAACAAUUGCUUGAAGUAAUCAACGCCGCAGGAAUUGUGCAAAUUAAGAACAUAAGUAAAAAAAAAAAAAAAAUGAUUUAAU